CCCAACCAACUCACACGCGUCUUUGACGUUGUUGAUAUUGCUCGACUUUCAUCGACUCGACGUCCACCAUGCUGCUAACGCGGUCCCAGCUGCGUAUCAUCAUCAUCAGCUUCAUCGUUGCUCCCCUCUUCCUCCUCAUCGCCUUCCCCUCCCACAAGAACCAGAGCACCUCCGCCAGCAGAUCAGUAUGGAGCUGGCUCUUCCCCUCUGGCGACGGCUCUGCAGCAUAUAGUAGCAGCAGCGCCAGCAGCGGCGGCAGCCCACACCUCACCAAGAUCAUCGCCCACGCGCCAGGCUUCACGAUUGCGGAGAAUGUAUAUUGGCGCAACUACACCUACUACUUCCUCACCGACGCGCCAUGGCACAUCCCGGAGCUCAAGUACGUGGUCAGCUCGAACCACAUCAAGGAGUACGGCACCAAGUACUGGGGCCAGGUGCCAGAUGAGGUUGUCAGGAUCCUCUCAAUUCGUGGCCCGGCCCUCGACUCGCACAUGGACGAGUCGAAGGAGCUCGGCACAAGCACGCUUCCAGAGGUCGCAAAGGCGUUCAGCGACGACGCCAUCGAGGUGCCCGGCACGCAUUUCUUCCUCAACGACUUUGAGUUCAUCGGUCACUAUUACCACUUUAUGGGCGAGAUGUUCCUCGGUGCAUGGCGCAUCGUGCAGCACUACUACUACCAGACUGGCAAGCGCUUGCCAACCUUCACGCACAUGAACUUCCUCCGCAAUUACAAUGAGCAAGACUUUGCGGACCUCAACGAUCCACAGAUGAUGUGGCAGGACCACGCCGGCGCCAACGAGUUCUUCCUCAACGCAUUCUUCCCUGGAAUUAAGAUUCAGGCCCGUAAGGACUGGGAGAAGCUUGCUGCCACCGGUGAGCUGUACCGCUUCCCGCUGGCCGUCAUCGGAGACCGAUACAGCGGUCACAACGGUCCCUCGGCGUCGUGGAAGCCGUGGGGUGAUGUCUUGCGCCUUCCUGUCUACCCAGAGUGGUUGACCGAACUCCGCGACCGUGUUGUCAAGAUCAAGAGGCAUCGCAAGCCGCACGUGCUCUACCUUUCACGCCAGGACACCACGCGCCGUCUUGCCGAUUCCGACCACCAGGCACUCGUUCUCCAGCUCAAGAAGCUCGAGGAGGAGGGGCUCGUCAAGCUUACCAUUACCAUGUUCGACGACGACGUCACCUUUGUCGAUCAGAUUGCGCUUGUUGGCACGGUCGACUUCUUCGUGUCAGUCCAUGGCAACGGCCUGACGCACACGUUGUGGAUGAACUCUGGCAAGCACCGCGCCGUGUUUGAAAUGCAGCCCAAGGGGUGCACAGUCACAGACUACAGCCCAUUGGCUACCGCCGCCGGUGUGCAGCACUUCCUCGUCAACGAGGACAAGUACUGCACGCCCGACACGUGUGGCAUGCGCGGAUGCGAAGAGGGUGUCAGUGUCAGCCAGCCCAACAUCAAGGUCAGGGCGAGCAUCAUUACAGACAAGAUCCGCCACUUUGUCGCCCAGUACAAGUAUGAUUGAGGGGCGGUGCUAUCCGCGUGUAUCAGUGUAUGUGGCAUGUCGAGUCGACGAGGGGAUAUCGGGCAGAGGGGAUCGAGGCGAAGGGAUAUAGUAGUAGCGCAUAUGUAGCGGACUGCUGGGACACUUUAUAGGGGGAGCCGGCUGGGGUGUGUGCGGCGACGGGAUCAG